AUGGCUUCCCUCGCGACGCUACCAGAAGAGCUCAUCGGCAUGAUUGUGGAAUACCUCUUCCAAAUUGACAUUGACUACCUCUCCCUGGCUUCAAAAGCGUAUUACCGGAGAUUCCGGCGGUAUUUACGUCGAGAAGUAGUCAUCCAAAUCAAUGAGAUAGGCCGCGUCAAACUGCCUGUUAACCUAUUGGCAUCACCCUCCUACUAUGGAGGCGAAGACUGCGAAGCUCAUCAAUGGAGCUUGACUCAAUGCUUGGAGUUCAACGCGCCCAUCCGUGAGCAUGAAGGGACAGUCAACUAUCUGAAGAUGUCGAUAGCAUAUUGUCUCAUCUUCCUGAGGGUAGACUGCGCACUUUCAGGUAGUCCUCCAUCACGCAUUCAACACUUUGCUCUGAUUGCUGACAGCUGGAGAUGGCAUAUGGGCUGUUGUGUGCCAGAGUCGAUUCUGGGGCCCUCUGGCUAUAUCCUGACAAAACAACCGUCGAUCAGCACGCUGUCCUUGAUGACGAGUCAACAAUGCCGACAUGCUGCUUCCCUCAAAGGGAUGACCGGUCUCCGUCGGCUGAAGGCUUUCUCGUGGCAAGCCGUCAGGUCCAAGCGGGACCUAGAGAUCUUUCGCUCGGUUGUGCAAAACAACGCUGACACCCUGGUCAGUCUGGAGGUCAGGGUCCUGGAGGACGUGCAGGACAGCGUCGACGAUGAUGACUCCAUCCUGGAACAGCUUGGGCUUCUCUUACCAGUCCCUCCUGCUGACCAGAAAUGCGUUCGUCUCGGCCUACAUCACCUGUCCCUACGUAGAGCCCGCCUCGACGACUGUUUCGCGGGACGGGAUUUUGCAUUCAGACUCGAAAGCCUCCUGUCCCUGGAUCUGGUGAACUGCCACGGGACUUUUGGAUUCUUUGAGGCUCUCUCAGAUUCAGUGCUGCGUCUCAAUCUCCACGUUCUAAAUGUAACGAUCACGGACGCAGAAUGGGGUGUGCAUAUGUUUCCGUCUUCGCCAUUGGGAAAAGUGAUUGCAUCUUUCUCCGGCCUCGAGGAAGUGGUGAUUUUGACCAAUUCCAACCGUGGCUACGACCAUCGAGAUGAGAAUAAUCCAAAGGUCAUGAGACGCCUUGAGCAGACGCUCCCGGUCGCCUCGCACGCGGACACAUUGAAACGGCUCGUCUAUCAAAACCACUGCAUCGGGGAUAACGGUGGGUUAUAUGUUGCAGGGUGUGACUACAGAGUCCGAUCGACUUUUCCAGUUCGCAACUUGCUCGAAAGCCUGCCUCGACUGGAAUGUCUGGGAAUCUGGAUACUCCCGACGGCUUUCAAAAGGGACAUCCCAUCUGCGGAGGCCUUCCACUCCCUCAAGCUGCUACAUUUUCGAAUGGAUGGAAAGCCUUCGCAAGUCGAUGUCGUCCAGCAGCUGGUGAACUCAGGGUAUCCUCCAGGAUUGAUCCCAGCGUCAAUCCGUAGGGGCUGCCAAUACAAGAGGGAGCGAAGUAUGAAGGUCAGAGAUGAUACGUUCGUUUUGCUCCAGCUGGUGGAAUUUGCGACGUGGGCCUUUGGCCCAGCUGGAUUCCCCAACCUUCAGCUUAUUGCCUACGGGAAUUUCUCGAGUGAGUCAUGUAAAUGGUCUAGGGUCCUUCUGUGUCGUGAUCCUUCCGGCGGACAGAGAUCGGGUUUCCUUCCACGGUGGCUGCAGACCUGGCCUGGGAGAAUCUUAGGAUACGGUGGAGCGUACGGAAGUGACCAGCAGGAGCAUCCAAACCCUUUGCCCUUCAAACUUAUAGAUCCGGAUAGUGUAUAUCCAGUGGUGGAGAUUGAGGGAGCUUGGGAUUUCCUGCGUGAAUCUCGAGUUGGACAUCCUGUUCGAGCGGUGCCUGCUGCAUCGGACUCAUCGGAGUUUUGA